AUGGCAGAACCAGCAGAUCAUGCAGGCGACAGCGGCCGAACGGCAGAUCAGUGGGCAGCUUGGGAUGAGUACAGCAAUCAUGGCAAUAGUCACCAGUGGGGUUGGAGCACAUCCUACUGGAAUCAGCCGGCAUGGCAUAGCAGCUGGAAAUGGCAGGGCUCAGUGUGGGGUGAUCAGCCCUAUCAGUGGCAGGGCACUGAGACGACUGAUCGAGGAAGCUGGGCAUGGACCGCGUGGGGCCCCGAGGCCGGGACCUCAUCGAGAGAGAGUGCGACAGACCGUAGACAAUCGGAUUCCACAGUGGAGCCGGAGCCUCCACUUGAGGGGUCUGAUGGUCAUGGGCCGACUCCUUCGGCAGAGGAUGAAGAAAGCAACAGCCAGGCUACAUCAUCCAAGGCGCCGCGGACCGGAAAAGAGCAUGUGCCUGAGUAUGACGGGUCAGGCCCCAUGCGUGACUACCAAAGGAGGGUCAGACUCUUCGAAAUGGGUACAGGUGUGGACCCAGAAUAUCGGGCACAAAAGCUCAUGGAGCGAUUGACAGGUGCAGCCUGGCAGGCCACAGAGACCCUUGAUGUGAAGCAGUUGAAGUCUGCACAGGGUGUCGAAAAGUUGCUUCAGCACCUAUGGCAAGAACUAGAGCCUCUAGAAUUUCUUCGAGUGUUCCAGACUUUGGAGGAGUUCUACAAGACCUUUCGGCGGGCUAGGGGGCAAGAAUUUGUGGCAUUCGACACAAGCUUCAGGGCCCAGCUUAAGCGAUUGGACGAGAUCGGUGCAUCGUUGUCAGGCAUCACCAAGGCAUUUUGGUUCCUCGAAAAGGCAGCCAUCUCAGCAGAUUUACGCAAACAGGUCGUCGCGGCGGCCGGUGGCGUCUAUGACUAUGAGAAGCUCAGGGCGGCCUUGGUUGCAAUCGUGCCACAAGUUAGCAAGACAACGCAUGACGAUCCACCACCCGCAUCACAUGGCGGAGGCCGGGCUUGGAAACCGAAGAGCGGCCACUCUGCUCAUAAGGUUAACGCCGUGGACCAAGAGGUUGAUGAUCAGGAGGACGGACCACCGGAUGCCGACGAGGACCUUGCCAACCUCGAAGCCGAGCUCCAGGUACUUGUCACGCAAGCCGCGAGGAAAAGAUCACAGGUGGAACGAGCACGAGGGUUCAGCAAGGAGGAAAACCCCGCCGAAAGGGCACAGAGAAUACGAGAAAUGAAGAGUCGUAUGGCAUGCUCAGCGUGCAAAGCUCGGGGCAAAACAUCAUAUGGACACUGGCACAGCGACCCUGAGUGCCCAUAUUAUGGACAAAAGGCGGAGAAGCCCAAGGACGCGAACAAGCCGGUGUUCGCCGUGACCGAGGAGGACAUCACCGAGAGCGAGGAAUCGUUCGAUGCGUGCAUGGUUGAUGUCCCGGUUUUCUCCACCAUGACGGGCGACGACAUGGAUCACCGCCUCGCCCUCGCCGACACAUGUUGUGCAAGAACCGUGGUAGGAGAAAAAUGGGCAAGGAAGCGCAUGAGAUCGUUGAUUAGGCGAGGGUUGCCAGUGUAUCUUGUGGAUGAGGAACGUCCCUUCCGGUUUGGAGGCGCGCCCCGCAUUAUGUCACGAUAUGCUGUGAUAUUUCCUGCCUUCUUCAAAGGCAGCAAGCAUCAGGUGAUCAUCCGAGCCAGUGUCGUGGAUCAGGAGGUGCCUUUGCUGUUGAGCAGAAGUGCCAUGGAGGAGCUCGGUGCCAUCAUGAACCUCGGUACUGGCCAACUGGAGUUGGGAAAGCUCGAGGUGGAGCUUGAGCUCAAGCGAACUCCAGGGGGUUUGUGUGGUUUCGAAAUAGACUACCACGGCGCAGAGUUCAAGGGCGACUUGCCGUGGGAAGAGAUUGUCGACGAUGAGGGUGAGUUGUUCUUCAUGCCGAGUUGCCCGGAACAGCAGCGAUCCAGGACCUUUGGGGAAGAGCUAGAGUGUGAUCUUUCGGAGCACCCAGAACGCAAUCUCGGCUCACGUCUGGGAGUGACGGACACGCCUCAGCAGAAGCUCAUCGAGGAUCCCAGUGCAGCGAUGUCUACAUUGGCACCGAGGAGGAAGGACGAGUUCGUGGCCUUGAUCGUCUCCCGCACAAAGGUCAACAGGGAGGACCUCAUCAGCAUGACCGUGGACAGGCUCCGCGAGAUUUGGUCAGUGGUCAAGCCCAAGACGGUGAAGUUUCUUCCAUCGGGAUGGCGCAAGGGGGAUAUCGAGACGCUGAGGGACCUGUAUGCGGAAGUGAUUGUGCCGACAUAUGGAGUAGAGGACGAUGGGCAUUGGCGCCGGAUGAAGAAGUACCAGCUCAUCACCCGGCUCGAGGACUAUGUGAACGAGAUGAAGGAGGAACACCGCGAUGCACCGCCAGUCGACAACGACUACAGCGAGGCCCCGAUGUGUCAGCGGUGCGCCAUACCCAUGAUCGAGAAGCACAAUCGCUUAACCGGCGAGCCGUUCUGGGGAUGCAGGGUGUUCCCAGCAUGCCGCCAAACACUCCCGUGGACAUACCACGGACGACCGACGGCGGAGGUGCAAGCCGAGAUGCCGGACAAGGCCAAGGACAAGUACAAAGCAGCGCCGAAGCGCGACAGCAUGGCGAAGAAGGCCCCAGCACCGAGGCCAACCGUGUCAAAGCGUUUGAGUCCUCAGCAAGGCGGGUACUCGAGUGCAUCGGACGGUACGUGGGUGGAUGCUGGAAGGCGUCAGAUCGACACCGAUUCGGACGAGCUGACCGAUGCCAAGGCCAUCAAUGUCAACUUGAGCGAGGACGAGAUGGAAAUGAUCAAGGAGAUGCGGCGCAACAAGGCCGAGAUGGAGAGCGCACGGGAUGCGCGCUGCAAGGACACGGAGUGA